GGGUAAGCAGCCCACAUAAUGAGCAUCGUAAAUAGACAAAUAAAUAAUGCCGCAUUCAAAUGGCUCGCAUUGCCGUCAACAGUAAUGGAGACAACCCUCCAGAUGCCAACUCUCUUCCUAACCCCCCACGCUUCAACGUCGAACUACCACCUAUAUCGUGCUUCAUUGAAGACAAAAAUGGUAGCCCCACGAGAAAGUUUUUCACGACCCCAGAUGAACUCACAAAUCACUUGGAGCGCACCACGCAUCACAAGGAGAGGAAAUUGUAUGUUUUGGAAGGGUUGCCGAUUGAAUACGUACAGGUGUUAGGGUUACACUUCAACAUAGAUGUGGAUAUUUUUGAUUCUCAUGCGAUGAGAAAGAGUGGGCAAUUGAAUAAGCUGGAAUUUCCAACCAAAAUAGGGAAUGAGAAAAAAGUUCGAACUUUUGCUCUGGACCAUCCUGAAAUUACGACAAACAUUACCCCGCCGCCUGAAGCCAGUGGAGGAGUUGCUGGUGAUUUCAUGAUACCGUGUAAAACGAUAGACAUAUCAGAUGAAAGCUGGAAUGGAAUCAGUGUAAAAUUAUGUCACGUGACUUUGGUGUGCUUUCCCGGGGAAAAUGGGAGUGAAACUUUACUAUUGCUUCUCGAAAACCAGUCGUGGGCGAGAAGAGGCGCCCAAUUUCAAACUGCGGGUUACCACAGUAUUCUUGCAAAUGCCCUCAAAAGUCUUCCAGAGGGAAAGCAGAAAUGGAAACCAUCCCGAAAACAUGACCCGGCUUUGACUCUAGCAGACGAGAUAUUCAAUUCUAUAGAAUUGCCGGGUGGCAUCCUGGCUUGGGAUGACCUCACAGAGAUACUUGCUGAUAUCGUACUCAGACAAUGGAAAUUUGCCUUGGGCGAGGUAAUCGAACAUGCAUGUGCAUCUAGAUCGAUUCCUUAUCACGAAAUUCAUCAGGUAUGUGAUCUGAUAGAAUCUAAUAUCUGGACUUUGGAUCGUACUGAGGCUCUCUGGGGCCCUCAUUAUGUUGUAAGAGUGGAAGGGUUUAAAAGACUUUUAAAGAAAGCAAAGCGUUAUGCACAUUUAUUUGUGUGGGGACAAAUUGUGGAGGAGGGUCUUGAGACAAAGGCCAAAAAUGAGAGUGCGACUGACAAUGAGGAUGAUGACGAUACCAGCUCCAGUGCUUCUUCUAAGUCGGGAGUGCAUAUUCGUGGAGGAGAGACCUUAGAUUUGGAAACCCGCCAAAGCAUCAAUAGAGUGACCUACCUUGGCGGUGUAUUACUCCCGUUCUCCAUAAUCGCGGCAAUAUUUUCAAUGGGUGGGAAUUUUCAGCCUGGUGGAGAUCAGUUUUUCAUAUUUUGGGUCAUCGCUAUUCCAGUAUGUAUGCUUACAACGGUUUUAAUAUAUGCGGAUAGUAUUCGGCGAAUGACCUUGGAGCAAUUUGCUCAACAGUACGGGUCUGAUGCAGUGACGGCAGAAGCUGAUGAUAUGGUUACUUCAUCAAUUUCUGGCAGUGAGAUCAUUUCAUACAAAGUGGGUAUUAAAGAACGUCUUAGGUCGCGUAUCCCAGGUGUCUGGAAUUCACGCAGGGCUGGUUCUUCCUCCAGUGUUGGCUAUACAGAUAGCGAUGACAAUUCAUCCUCUACAGACAGUACUCAGUUACCUCCAGGUCUAUCCAUAGAUGGCGAUUUGUUAGUUCGCAGGAAAAGGAAAAAGGUGUCAAGAUCAUGGAUUUGGCGAUUUUGGAGACGGAAACCUCUGGGUCGAAAAUCAGAUCCGGAGAAUGUCUUGCCAUCUCCUAGACAUUCGGAUCACAAUGUAUCUUCACCUUCUGCACCUCCUCCGACUUCUCCACCAUCCGCGUUUCACCCUAUUCGAUCUUCACCACAAAUUACACCGGUGAAGCCCAUACUUGUUGGAAAUGACCGUCCAGAGUCUCUUACUUCUGAUAACUCUCCGACGGCCGGGCCAGCCCCGCCAGAAACACCCCCAGCUAGUCCUCCGUUACCCGACCCUGACCUAUCCAUUCCUGACCAAAUUAUCCCUGAGCCAAUAGUUCUUGACCCAGGCUGGAAUUUUGGGGGAACCCCUUCAAAGAAAUCUAAAAAAGGCAAAAAGACAAGACAACACAGGAUUGGAUACCUAAAUGAUGAAUUCGAUAUCCCAACCCGUCCGAAUCCAGCCACUUCUCCACCACAUCCGUCUACACCAGACCCCGCGGGGAUACCACUACCUCCAUUGGAUUCGGAUUCUGAUGACUGGCGAGAGCGAGACAGUUCUGAGGGAAUACAUCCUGAAAGAUCUCCAUCUCCAGGUCGUGCAGACUCGGAUUAUGCCACAGAUCGUGAACGCCGUUCUUUGGAAAGACGAAUGAGAGAAAAUGACGACCGAGCACUGACCAGAAGAGGAAGUAGAGAAUAUCUAGGCAUUGGAGAUGAAUAUGAGCGCAUUGUUGAGCGAGAAAUCAUUUAUCGACGCCGGCGCCGAUCCGAGCAUUCUGUGAAGUCUGAGAGAAAACAUGUAAUAGAAAAAACGACUGAAAAGCUUGUUGAAGAGCAGGAAAGAAAACAUGCGACAGAUGAUAUCGUGAAAGAUGAUGAUGAUGUUCCGGAAGACCGAGGAAGACAACGAAAACGAUCUACAGUACGAUGGGCACACCGUGGAACUUAUUAUGAUUAUCCAAGGCGGCCAACACCCAACACUGAUCCUACUGAGAUACCAUUGCCACCAUCCCCAGAAGAACUAUCAGAGGAAGAACGAAUUAGAAUGAAACUAGAGAGAGAGAAACUAGAAUACCUUGAGAAGUUGAAGCAAAAAGAACGACAUAGGAGAAUGGCGGAGAUGGAAGAGGAACACGCAAAAAAGCGAGCGGAAGAGGAAUAUGCAAGAAGAAUAGCCGAAGAAGAAUACAAGAAAAAGGCGGCAGAAAGUAGAGCUGCCAAGGGAAAAGAUCGAGCCUACUCCCCUGUGGAAUCCGAUAACAAGGGAUUAAAACCAGCGAUAAAGUUCAAGGACGCUGUGGGAAGGAAAUUCACGUUCCCAUUCCAUUUAGUGUCUACAUGGGCUGGAAUGGAAGAAUUAGUGAAACAAGCCUUCCUUCAUGUCGAUGUCAUUGGGCCUCACGUCAAUGAGGGUCACUACGAUCUCCUUGGCCCCACAGGCGAAAUCAUCCUCCCUCAAGUAUGGGAAUCAGUUAUUGAGCCUGGUUGGUUAAUAACUAUGCACAUGUGGCCAAUGCCGGAGCCGCGAAGGCAAGCACCCGCUCCUAUGCCUCCUAAACCAGGGCAUCCCGGUAACUUUCCACCUCCUCCUCCUCCACCUGGAUUCACAGCACCCCAGCCCGGCGGCCUAAUUAGUGGGCCUACUCCGAGAAUGAAGAAAUCUACGCAGACUGGAGCUUGGGACUGGGUGGAAGGAGCACGUCACUCGAAAUCUCGCAAGAAACAAAAGUCGGCACCGAUACGACUUGGGCCUCCUCUACCGCCUUCAUUUCCUAGGCCCCCUCCGCCGCCACCGGCAUCUGGAAGACGAGAAUCUGAUACAGUCGUCAUAAUAGAGGAUCUGCCGCCAAAAGUUCACAGAAGACAAACGGGUAUGAGCGACAGACAUAGACACGGAGCAAGCGGCGGUGGCAUAAUUGGAGGAGCAGCAAAGCCUAAUGAGGAGUUGGGGUGGGUAAGAGCCCUGGGAACCAUUGUUGGUGUGAAGCCGGGGAUACAGGUGAAAAAACGCAGUGGUGGAAGUAGUUCAUCGUCGAGUGUUUGAUGGGUCGUUGAUGAGAUGACUGACUGCUCGUAAAUUUGAGAAGCUAAGGUAUCAAUGGUUGAAUGUGUGCCUGCA